AUGCCUACAGCUAUCGACAACAAUGACCAUUUAGUUCUUUCAUCAGAUAGAAAUCACCCUGCCAAUCUUAUUCCGGAACUUUGCAGGAAAUUCUGGACUCUGGGCUGGGUGACCGGAACUGGAGGAGGAGCGAGUAUCAGAACUGGAGAUUUGGUAUACCUUGCACCAUCCGGUGUUCAGAAAGAGCUCAUUCAGCCCGAAGAUAUCUAUGUUCUCGAACUCUCCAAGCAACAAGACCCGAAAAAGCGGAUUUACCUCCGAUCUCCUCGAGACUUGAAGCCGUCACAAUGUACUCCGCUCUUUAUGGCUGCAUUUAAGAAGCGCAAUGCCGGGUGUUGUAUCCACACCCACUCACAAUGGGCAGUUCUCAUAACAUUACUCUUAGAACAAAAUGCGCACAACCAAACGCUGUUUGAAAUCAAUAAUAUUGAACAAAUCAAGGCCUUUGGGAGUGGCUGGAAAAAACAAAGUUCGCUCGGGUAUCAUGAUACCCUUCGCAUUCCCAUCAUAGAGAACACUCCUUUUGAAGAGGACUUGACUGAAAGCCUGGAAGCCUGCAUGGACAAAUUUCCCGACACAUAUGCUGUGCUUGUGCGGAGACACGGCCUCUACGUCUGGGGUGAGACAGUCAGCAAAGCGAAACAACAAGCUGAAAGCUUUAGUCUUGAUUAUCUCUUUCAGCUUGCAGUUGAGAUGCGAAAGCUUAACCUACCUUGGUUAAGUGACAUUGUGCCUAUAGCUUGA